UUUAUGCUUUAUUAUUCGACAUUCUUUGUUAAUUAACUAAGUCAAGUAUAUAGUAGAAGCAGUAGCAGCAGCAGCUAGCCUAUAAAUCAAAGCGACAACAGCCACAUUACGCACCGCGAAGUUAGCUAGUACUAAAAAUGGGGUACUGGAGAACGCUAGCGGUUGUGCCAGAUCCAAACAGGGUGGGAAAAGAGGGAGAGGAUACUUUAAGGCGAAUUGCAAACUUGAAAUGUCCCUAUCAAUGUGCCAUGGAGGAUAACUGGGAAGGCGUAAAGGAAUACUUAGAGGAAAAUCCCGAAGAACUGCUCAAUCAAAUGACGGUGGGAGGGGACACUGUGUUUCACCUUGCGGCUUCUUUGGGCAGCAAAUCACAAGGCAAAAGAGUCCUCCAAGUGUUGAUCAAUAUACUCAGGAAUUCGACCAGCUAUGCCGAGAGUUCGGCCCUAAGGGUUCCGAAUAACAACGGAAACAAUACUCUUCACGAGGUGAGUGCGUCCGGCAAUGUGGAAGCGGCAAACUACUUGGUGAGCAACUUCAACAUGCCUGCUCCGGAAGAGAUCAUCAUCAGUACUAGUGCACGUAGUACUGAUAAAGAGAAUGAUGCGCUGCCGCUGCUGGAGACACGGAACCAUUUAGGAGAAACUCCGCUCUUCAGGGCCGCUGCUCUCGGUCACACUGACUUGGUCAAGUUUUAUGCUGGCAAACUGCUGGAGGAUAAUCGGGUCAAUCUUUGGAUGCACUUCCACAGAAAUGACAAAAUGUCUAUUCUUCAUAUCGCCGUCAUUGCACAACAUUUCGAGACUGCUCUUUGGUUACUGGAGUGCUGCCCCUCUCUAGCGCACCAAACUGAAGAUAAAGGAUUGACAAGUCUUCAAUUGCUAGCCCAAAUGCCAAGUGCCUUUGAGCCACAAUAUCAACGAAGCAAAUGGAAGAUGCUAAUUUAUUAUUGCCUUCCUGCUUAUGGAGGAGAUGUGGUCACACCAAAUCAGAAAGAUGAUGUAGAGAUCAACUUGGUUAGCAACCAGCCGCGCCGUCAAUCCAUCUCUAGGAACAAGCUUUCAGGCUUUGCUAGGGUUUACUCUUCAGUAUGGGACUCCCUUGCUAAAAGAACAGAAGGCUCGCAGGGCGGCAUAAUCUACAAGAUAUGGAAGGACAAGAAAAACAAAAAAUCACUAGAGAAAAUCGUCCCGUUGCUCGUUAAUUCGGACUAUUCUUGGUUGAGUAGUAACAAGCAAGCAGACACCAAGACCAUUUCUCUGGGGUCAGUGGAAACUCUUAGUAAAGAUGGUGAUGAUGACGGAGACGAAAAAGGAAAGGCAGCCUCAAAAGCAACCAAAUCAGAGGGAUAUGGUGAUGAUGGAGGUAAAAAAGGAAAGGCGGUAGCAGAAGCAACCAAAUCGGAUAAGGGGGUGACGACUAAGGUUUAUGACUCUACCCCACUGAUUAUAGCAACUGUCAAAGGAACUGUGUCCAUUGUGAAGGAGAUACUUGAGCAGCAUCCUCAGGCGGUUGAGCACAUUGACAAAAACGAACGCAACAUUUUGCAUGUGGCCAUUAAGCAUCGUCAGAAAGCAAUCCUUAAGCUUAUCAAAAGCAAACCAAGCGUGAUGUCGAGGCUGAAUGAGAGGAUUGACUGCGAUGGCAACACCGUAUUGCACCAGGCUGCAGAUAGGAGUUACUACUCUAUAUCAUUGUCUCAAAAUUUAAUUGGCCCUGCCAUGCAAUUGCAAGCAGAGCUACAAUGGAGGCUGCAUGUGCAAGAUAUACUACCGCCUCAUUAUGGCUUGCACCAUAACAACAAGGAUCAGACAGCAGAGGAGCUGUUCUACGAUGAGCAUAACGAACUCCUGAAGUCAGCACAAGAAUGGGUAAAAGAAACGGCUCAGUCAUGCUCAACCGUGGCGGUGCUAGUGGCCACUGUGGUAUUUGCAGCCGCCUACGCCAUCCCCGGGGGUAAUGACCAAAGUGGCCGUCCUGUUUUCCAGGACGAUCCUCUCUUUUUGCUCUUCACCUGCAUGGACAUUGUGGCCAUCGCCUGUUCAUUAUCUUCUGUGGCAUUCUUUCUCUCGGUCCUCUCCUCCCCUCUCGAGUAUCCACUCUUCAUCACCAAUAUUCCUCGCAAGAUCAUGAUUGGUUUCAUCUUGCUCUUCUUGUCAAUGGCAACCACCAUGCUCGCCUUUGCCGCCACUAUUUUACUCCUGAUUCGCGUCGAGAAGAAAUGGACCAAGUCUAUACUUUAACCUAUUGCCUUUUUCCCAGUCCCUCUAUUCGGUUUGCUGCAGUGUCCUAUGUAUCAUUCUUGCAAAGCCAUGUUUCAGAAAAUUGAUGCCUGGGUUUUGAAGCCCUUCCGCCGCAUUCUCGGCUUUUCCAAGAGGACAUCAAUAUGCAGUAAGAGUAAGGCGUAUUGAACCAGGAAGCAUGAGACAUAACUUUUCGUUAUGUGUGGUUCAGAUUCACAUCCUUACAGCAAAGAUUUGUAGUUAUCAUCUGAAUAUUUCGGAUUUUCUUAUUUCUCCCCCUUUUUUACAAUUUUACUGUCUUCAUUCACAAGUAUGGAAAUAAGUGAAGAAUGAAAGGCUUAUAAGGGGUAACGUUUAUGUCCCCCU